AAACAACAUCAGCAGCAUCAACAGCAGCACCAGCUACAACAGGAUCAAACUAACGAUGAUGGCGAAAUAAAUGAUGGGCCCGGCUCAUCGAAUCACACCGAUACGCAUUGUGGCGUCGGUGGCCCGACACUGCAUGCAGCAACGCUAUCUCUGUCAGCAACAUCCGUAGGCAGCACACCACCGAGCAGCGCUGAAGCGACAAGUACCAACAAUUUCGAGUAUUACAGGGGCGUCGCUAAAAACGGUGGCAGCAACGGCUGCAACAGCUGCAACGCAGCGACAUGCUGUCGCAGCAACGCCACCACUACCACCCCCAUCACAAACAUUGCCGCCAUCAUCAGCUGUGGCGGCCUCAUCAGCAACAGCGCACUAUCCACCACCACACCAGCAACACUAUGCAACGAGCAACGCAGUGGCGCCAUUGUCGGAUGCCUUUCACCACCAGCAGAUGCAUCUACAGCUACAACAACAAUACGAGCAGCAUUAUCAACUGCAAACAGUAAACAACAUCAGCAGCAUCAACAGCAGCACCAGCUACAACAGGAUCAAACUAACGAUGAUGGCGAAAUAAAUGAUGGGCCCGGCUCAUCGAAUCACACCGAUACGCAUUGUGGCGUCGGUGGCCCGACACUGCAUGCAGCAACGCUAUCUCUGUCAGCAACAUCCGUAGGCAGCACACCACCGAGCAGCGCUGAAGCGACAAGUACCAACAAUUUCGAGUAUUACAGGGGCGUCGCUAAAACGGUGGCAGCAACGGCUGCCACAGCUGCAACGCAGCGACAUGCUGUCGCAGCAACGCCACCACUACCACCCCCAUCACAAACAUUGCCGCCAUCAUCAGCUGUGGCGGCCUCAUCAGCAACAGCGCACUAUCCACCACCACACCAGCAACACUAUGCAACGAGCAACGCAGUGGCGCCAUUGUCGGAUGCCUUUCACCACCAGCAGAUGCAUCUACAGCUACAACAACAAUACGAGCAGCAUUAUCAACUGCAAACAGUGUUGACAGUUGUUUUUGUGAGUCUAUUUCGGUGA